AUGAAAGUCAAGGCGAGCCAACGGCGUAGCACGCUGCAGAGCAUCAAUGCUUGGAUGACAGCGGUGCCGUUGAGUCCUAGCGAGAAAUCUAGGCGAUCUACGCUCUCGCGUAACGGAACUGUUAAAAGUAUUUCUGGAUCAAUUGUUGAGAAGAAGAAGGUGGAAGAAGCCGAAACUCCAUGGAGAUCUAUUUACCUGCUCACAGCCAUAUGUAUGUUUUGUGGCGUGCAGUUCUCGAUAUACUUCCCGACAUUGUGGCCGUUCCUGAAUAAGGUAGAUCCAACAGCUUCUGAGACAUUCUUUGGAAUUAUUACAGCCGCCUUUUCGAUUGGUCAAGGAUUGGCAUCGCCGCUUUUCGGGUUUUGGAUGAAUCGUUCAAAAUCUGUUCGACAGCCAAUGAUCUGCGGUAUAGUCGUAAUGAUAGUAUCAAAUAUCAUAUUCUGUUUCGUGGAGGCAUUCAAAGAGAAGGAGCGACGUUGGAUUAUGAUGAUUUCCCGAUUCUUCAUUGGUCUCGGAGCUGGAACGGUGGGUGUAAUGAGAGCCUACGCAUCGACGGCCAGUAAUUUGAAGGAUCGCGCUCGCGCAAUAACAUUUAUCCAAGCCAGCUACGUUAUCGGUAUGACCGUCGGUCCCGGAGUACCAGUUGCAUUCACACCUAUCGGUUUCCCCGGUUGGGCUGCUGGUCCACUGCAUUUCAACAUGUACACUGCGCCUGCAUGGUUCGCCUGCCUCGUAUGUAUUGCAUCACUCGUCCUGUUAAUCAUAUUGUUAGAAGAAAACUACGCUGGUCUUCAGACAGAAGGCGGAGACGAUUACAAUCCUCUUCCCAAGUACGAUGUGUUUGCUGUUUCCGUCUGCGUCAUCACGCAAUUCACUCUUAUGUUUAUUAUAACUAAUCUCGAAACAAUCGGGUCCAUGUACGCAAUGGCCAUGUGGGGCUGGACAACGAAGGAGACUGUCGUCUAUAUCGGAAUUCUCCAAGCUGUCAAUGGAGCGGCUAGUGUGCUAGUCUACGCAGGUUUUGUGGUAAAACUGGGUGACUAUGUCUCAGGAGGUCGCGAACGUGUGUGGACAAUGAUCGGCCUGGGACUUGGAUUGAUAUAUCACAUCGCAACGUUUCCGUAUCCAGUCGGUUCGACGCUGAAAUGGAAUCCAGCGAAUACUUCUGACAGUGGAGACGAGAAUGUUGGAUGUGACCCGAGCAAGUAUUCCUGGUGCAACUCUGUCCAUGAGGUGAACUUUUGGCUUUAUGCGGUACUGUACUGCACAUUGCUGGCGGCCUGUUUUCCUGUAGUGAAUGUUUCUAUGAAUACACUUUUUAGCAAGAUCCUUGGAGCAAGGCGACAGGGUACAAUGCAAGGCAUCAUGUUGAUGUCCGGCAGUCUGGCGCGAACACUUGGACCACUUCUUGUGUCUUGGUUAUUUCAGACUCAUGGACCCAUACCAGUAUGGGGAAUAGAGUUAGGCACGUUGGGUGGUGCUCUACUCCUGUGGCUAGUUCUGUAUCGACGACUGGUUCCGCUGAAAAUACCUCAACUAGCAUGCGGGGAAUCGAUGAAAUAUGCAAAUGGAACCAAAUACCGCAUGUGA